UCUUCUUUUCUUUGGAAUAUUUAGCUUUCUUUGGCAAAAUUGAAAACAUAAUAGGUACUAGAUGUAUUACGAAGUAAUAAAAGUGCAACCCUGCUGGUGAGUCAAAGAAAUAGGAAACUGUGCAUGCACAAGAAUUUUCCACAAUAAGAAGAAGAAAAUGGUUACAUAUACAUAGGCGCUAUUUUCAUUCUUAUUAGUGGAUAUGGCUUCUUUUGAAUGUGGAAGGCAAAUUAAGACAGAGGUCCAAUCUGUUGAUGAUGAAGUUCCUUGUCAAAAACAUGACGUUAAAUCUGAACCGAGUGAAGCUGAAAUGUUCAGUGAAUGUGGAAGAAAAGGUGAUGCCUCUGAUGCUGUCAUACUUACCAACGAUUUGGAAGAAAACGAUUUAAAAGCGAAUAUGCCUAUAGAUAAAUUUGAUCCAGGAAAAAUCAAAAUCGAAGAAAAUUUUUUUAUUCCUCACCUUGAUCUCAAAUCUAUCAAGUGUGAGAAUACAAUAAUUGAAGGUUCAAAUUUGAAAGCUUGUGAAGAAAAACUAUUUAGCUAUGAAAAUGGGUUCAGUAAUAGCUGGCAAAACCAUAAUGAGGCUCAAGCCAUAGCACUACAAAAUGUGACUGAGGAUUUGAAACCUGUUGGUUUAACCGCAGAUAUUGGAAGCGUUGAAACAAAGGAAGAAAUUUUCAAUGAAAAUAUUCCAUCAGCUCCGGAUGAAAUGAAGUUUGUUGUUGAAGAUGACUAUGUUGUUAAACAUGAGAUGGAACCAACGACAGAGAGGAUUAAUGAACAAUACAAUUCUGAAGACUGUUCAAAUUUGAAAAUCAGCCAAAAAAUGCAUAGUGGAGAAAAUUCAUUUCAGAGUAAAAUGUGCUCAAAAUCAUUAGCUAAAGCUGGUUCUUUAAAAUACCAUGAAAAAUUGCAUACUGGGGAAAAACCCUUUCAGUGUAAAAUAUGUUCAAAGUCAUUCAUUCGAAAUAAUGAAUUAAUCAAACAUGAAAAAACUCAUUCUGGUGAAAAACCGUUUCAGUGUCAAAUAUGCCCAAAAUCGUUCAGUCGAAGUGAUCAUUUGAAAUACCAUGAAAAAAUUCAUACUGGCGAAAAAUCUUACGAGUGUAAAACUUGCUCAAAAUCAUUUACUCAUCAAAGUGGUUUGAUAUACCAUGAAAAACUUCAUACUGGUGAAAAACCUUACAAGUGUAAAGUCUGCUCAAAAUCAUUCAUUCAAGGCAGUUCUUUGAAAUGCCAUGAAAAAAUUCAUACUGGGGAAAAACCCUUUCAGUGUAAAACUUGCUCAAAAUCAUUCAAUCAUCAAAGUGCUUGGAUUUACCACAAAAAAAUUCAUACUGGGGAAAAACCCUUUCAGUGUAAAAUAUGCUCAAAGUCAUUCAUUCGAAAUAGUGAUUUAAUCAAUCAUGAAAGAACUCAUUCUGGGGAAAAGCCGUUUCAGUGUAAAUUUUGCUCAAAAUCAUUCAGACAAAGUCAUCAUUUAAAAAAUCAUGUAAAAAUUCAUACUUCAGACAAAAAAUUGCAGUGUUGAACCUGCUCAAAAUCGUUCAGUGGAAAUUGCCAUUUGAAGUCUCGUAAAAAAGUGUAGGUGAAGGCCAUUUGAUUUCAAAUUCAGACAAAAAUAGUUAUUUCAUAGCUUUUUGAAAUUAUAGUUAUUAACAUUGAAAUUAUAGUUGUUAAAAUUGAAAU